UCUUACUGAGCAUCCGAAUAACACAGAUCAAAAUGUUCAAGUUUGUAGUAUUGUGCGCCUUCGUCGCUGCGGCUACGGCUACGGCCACGCCCGAUAUUAUUACGCCAUUUACAUAUUCAUCCAAUGUAUUGGCACCAGCGACGACAUUUGUAACAGGCUAUCCUAAUAAGCUGGUCUACUCGUCGCCCUACAUUUCAUCACCAUCAUAUUAUUCUUCAUCUUUGGGCUACUCUCAUCUCAUCAAGAAACGGUCGGCACCUCUGGCCGUGAGCAGCUACAUCGCGCCCUCUGCAUACGUCACCCCCGCUGCAUACGCGUCUGCUCCUCUGGCCGCUACAUACACUGCAGCUGCUCCUUUCCUUUCUACUUACGCUGCAGGAGCUCCUCUAGCGGCUUCCUACGCAGCCGCUCCUUUUGCCUACGGAAACCCUAUUUACUCUUCCGCUGCUUAUCUAAUCAAGAAGUGAGCAACUCCGACUACUACUGCAUCGACUUAAGCCAGUUCUAGACUCCUGUGAUAUCUUCUUCUGGUAUUUUUGCAACUGACAAGAUCUUAACAACAACAGGCUACUUAUCUCUGUGUAUACUGUGCAUAGACAGUUUUAAUUUAAACUCAUAUAAAAUGAUUUUGUUGUGACUGAUAUGAAUUGAAUCUUAAAUUCAUUACCGGAUAAAUGUUACAGGAUGUUUGAAUAAAAUACGUACAAAAC